GUUCUUGAAUUAACAAGCUUUAUACGCCUUUCUCAAUAUCUUACUUAAAACCACAUAUCCAUAUAUGUCGUUUUCUUUCUCAAACUGGUCGUGGUAUCAUAGCUCAUGUAUACCUGAUUUUAAAUCGAAUUAGCCAGAAACGAGUGUUAUUUGCGGCGUGCAGUGUUUCUUUGUGAAAUGAAAAAAGAUUAAUGUAUUGAGCAAUCAAUCUUUUUUAAACUUUAUUUUCUCACUUGCGGUGGGCAGAGUUAUGAAAAUUAAAUUAAAUUAUAUACAUGACGGUGUUGGUAUGAGAAUAUGGGGUCCUUUAACGCCGCUUUAUCAGUAUUACAACCACUAUCUUUCUUGGAUGAAAGCGCACCUCGCAUCGUCAACGUAAAUAUGUAAAUUUUUCAGUAACAUGUAAAGCUGUCAAUCAAAUUCCUAUGUCAAAAGUCAUUUACAUGUAUUGUUUAUUCGGGAUGAAUAUAAUUUCGCAGUGAUUUAAUACCGCAGACGCAACACUAAAAAUGAUGUAUUGAUAACAUAUAGCCAAGCGCUUAACUUCAUUUUAUAGGUGUUUGCGCGUUUGAUAUCGAGAACUUACUCCCAAUAUAUACCAAAGCAAUAAAAUGCUAUACGUUUUAUUAAAAAACAAAACAAAAAUGAAUAACGAUGAGCUAGGAAUGUAAGAGUCAAAGGAAUAAAGCUGAGAAUAACCGCAAAGCAAAGGAUUUGGGAACAAAGGGAUAACAGUUGAUUUCAUAAUGAACGUCGUUAUCGUUAUCGUUAUGAAAUUGUUAUCAUUUUUAAAGAGAUGGGAUAUAGACCCAAAGGAUUACAGCAAAGAACACACCGCAGAGGAUAAAUGGUAAUAUAUAGAUUUAGGCACUGCCUAAAAGCGGAGCCAGCUUUAUGAUCAUAUUUUCAUAUGCAGAAUCUUUGGGCUGGAAAAAGAAGAAUGUUUUAUUUCUUUUAUAAAAUUAUUUCUAAUCCUACGCAAUAUACAAUAAAAACUUCACAACAGCGCGCGCUCAUGGCGUCAUUCCAGUGCACGUCAGCGCGCGCGCAGAAAACAGUUUGAAAAACUGACUUCAAAUUCCAAGCAAUAUUCACUUCAUCGUUCGGUGGUUCAUCUAUUUGGACUUAUUUUGCAAUUUCCUAUUUACCUUGGACACGUUUUUCUCCCGAAAAAUAAUAAUUUUUAGUGUUAAAAGGUAAACGUUUGUGGGAAUUCUCAGGGUUGUUGACUGAUGAUGCACGAAUUCCCCUUGCACGAUUUUAUGCUGCGUUAACCACCGCGACAGGUAAAGAAGUCGAGCCGUUCCUUAGACAGAUAUAUCCUUCAAAUUCUCAUUUUCAUACGGCCAUUUGACUGGCAAAUUAGUUGCAUUUUCUCAAUUAAACAGUUUUUCUUGUCAAUUCGUUUCUGCAAUCAUGCAUUCCGUUAUUCGUUUUACGUCGAAAGUCAGAAUAGGCUAAAUUUCCCCCUUCCCCGUCUUUUCCAAGUCUCCCCGGUUCUUGCUGAAACUAGUCUCUCAUUGGUUUAGAGCGAUUCAACCAAUUCAUAGAUCCGACAUGUCAAUCACGCGCGCACGAAUAGCCAAUCAGGAAGGAGAUGGUGCAAUAACAGCCAUGUGGUCCCACAAAUGUCCCACAAAAAGUCGGCAAUCGACGCCGAAAAAGAUUGGUUUGAGAUAUUUUUCUGCGAAUCUGGACAAGCAAAUAAGCAUUUCCGGUCAGCGUAGAAAGUGUUAGCACUGUUUUCUUUGCCCGGCCGCUUUUAGUGUAGAGUUGGGACUCAAUUGUAGAAAAACACGUAAAAUGUACUACGAAGAGACGAAAAACAAAAAGCAAACAAACCACAUACAAGAGCAGUGACUGCUACAUGCCGUGCUGCUUCACAAGGGGUGCACCCCCUCGCCCCCGUGAUGGGCCAUGGGCGUGGCUAGUCUGUUUCUCUGCUGCCAUUAUGAACUUUAUGCACUUCGGCUUCUCACAGAGCUUCGGUGUCUUCCUUCCUGUAUUGGGGGACUACUUUAACGAGGACAAAGAAAAGACAGCCUGGGUUGGAUCAAUCGCCAUCGCCUUCACCUUCUUAAUGAGUCCGGUUGCUGUGCGCAUGUCACAGCGCUUUGGUCUGCGCCUCGUUACAAUGUGCAGCGGUGCCCUUCUCGUUAUCUCUUUGGUUACGAGCUCCUUCGUUGAAGACCUCGUCUAUUUGUACUUCUCCUACGGGGUCUUAUUUGGUAUCGGUGCUAGUAGCAUUCUCAGUAACUCAUUCCUGGUUUGCGUAUGGUACUUCUCGCCGGGAAAACGCUCACUGGCAAUGGGUAUCGCCGCAUCUGGUGGGAGUAUCGGCAUCAUGGCCAUCGGCCCUACCAUGCAAGCACUUAUUGAUUCGGUCGGGUGGAGGAAUGCCUUUAGGGCGAUGGCUGCGUUUGCAAGCUUAGUUUGCGUACUUGGGGCUACGUACGACCCUAAUGUCGAGCACAGAACUGUAGAUCAACGCCCGAGGUUCCGGAACAUCUGCGAAAUCGUGGAUAUUUCUGUUUACAAAAACUCUACAUACACAAUCGGGACUAUAACAGUUGUACUCGCGUACUUUGGGUUCUUUAUUCCAAACUUGCACAUCGUGCGCUACGCAGAGGACUUGCUCAUUUCAGGCACAAAGGCAUCGCAGUUAUUCAUAUACAUGGGGAUUUGCUCGACUGUCUUCCGGGUAUUCAUGGGCAGGCUAUUGGAUUUAAAGUGGCUGACACCUCUUCAGGGUGUCCAAGUGUCCGCUUUAAUCAUGGGUCUGUCAAUCAUCGCUCUUGGCUCCGUCUCUAGCUACUACCAUUUUGUUAUAUUUGCGGUAUUCUUCGGAUCAGGAAGCGGCGCAUUUGUCAUCACUCAAGCAGUCAUGUUCCAGACAAGCCUUGAGACCAAGAAAAGCGCUAUUGGUCUUGGAAUGGGAUACUUUUGUUUGUCUGUGACCGUGGUAUCCGGCGCACCUACAGUCGGUUUCAUAGCUGACCAACUUGGAUCGUAUAUCCCGUCGUUUUACGUUAUUGGCGGUAUCCUGCUAUUCGCCGCUGUGUUCCCUUGCGCCUUGUACUGUUACAGAUUCUUGCAGAAGAAGGGCACAGAAGAGUCUGUCCAUGAAAGUGAUGAGACAGACUGGGGGCUGCAAGGGUUAGAGAUCGAACGGUUGAUUGAAGUUAGCAGGGAAACAGUGCUUUGAUGUGGCGGUAAAUGCUGCACCAAUAACAUCGAGCAUAUAAAAAAGUAUCGAUGAUUCAUAUUUAUUGUGUUACAUGUAAAACAUUAUUCGCAAUGGCAGUGUAACCCCUAUGAACGAAUAACAUAUUCGUAUCUUAUAAGGGAAUGUCAUAGUUUAUGUUAUAAUUGUGCACUCAUUGGGUGGGAUGGAUUAUAAAAUGUUAAGUGAAAACAUAAAAUAUUCAAGAUACAGUUUGUAAAA